UCACUCUGAUUUUUUCCUUCCUCCUUGGCUCUCAUUUUCUCGAGGAUCACUUUCUUCAAGCGGAUGAAAAAUUCAAAGGUUUGUUACAAUUGAGUCGCACGCGUAUGUGAGUUCCCAGGUGUGAUCUCCACCGCUGUAUAUCUUUUGGUUAUCUCAAGUCAAUCCCAUCUCCAAAAUUCGUCGAAUUUGAUUCUAAUCUCGGAAAGCCCAGAGUUGAUUGUUUCAACUCCUUGGUUCAUCUUAAUUCAUCGAGGGUUUGGGUACGAGGUCUUUUGAUCUAACUACACGUUCGUUCGUUGGUUUUGAUGAUUGUUACAUUUGGCAGCUUGAUCACGAUCUUGUGAAAGGAGACUGAAAGCUUUCUAAAAUCAAUGCGAGGAGUCUCUUCAGGUUAGUAGAAUGAGUAGAAAAAGAACGGAAAACGACAGUGAAUCAGGACCAGCCACUUCUCAUGUUCCCGUGGAUAGAUUCGGGUUCCUGAAGCAAGAACAUGGCAAUUCUCCAGAGCGUUUUAGCAAGACUAGAACUACAUCAUCCACUGACCAUGACAGAGAGGAGAGAAAGGUGAGAAAAUGGAGGAAGAUGAUUGGGGUUGGUGGUAGUGACUGGAAGCAUUAUGUUAGGAGGAAACCUAAUGUUGUCAAAAGGCGUAUACGAAAAGGGAUCCCAGAUUGCUUACGUGGUCUUGUUUGGCAGUUGAUCUCAGGAAGUAGGGACCUUUUGCUUAUGAAUCCUGGUGUUUAUGAGCAAUUGGUGAUUUAUGAAACAUCGGCAUCAGAACUUGAUAUCAUUCGAGACAUAUCCCGUACUUUCCCAUCACAUGUUUUCUUUCAGAAGAGGCAUGGACCUGGCCAAAGAUCUUUAUACAAUAUCCUUAAGGCGUACUCGGUUUAUGACAGAGAUGUUGGAUAUGUUCAGGGGAUGGGGUUUAUAGCCGGUUUGUUGCUUCUUUAUAUGAGCGAAGAAGAUGCCUUCUGGUUAUUAGUUGCAUUACUAAAAGGAGCUGUUCAUGCUCCAAUGGAAGGACUGUAUCAUGCAGGGCUUCCUCUUGUACAGCAAUACCUGUUUCAGUUAGAAAGCUUGGUAAAAGAGCUAAUUCCAAAGCUCGGAGAACAUUUUACUCAAGAAAUGAUCAAUCCGAGUAUGUAUGCAAGUCAAUGGUUCAUCACCGUCUUCUCUUAUUCAUUUCCUUUUCCUUUGGCUCUACGGAUAUGGGAUGUCUUUCUCUCCGAGGGUGUUAAAAUCGUGUUCAAAGUCGGCUUAGCAUUGUUGAAGUAUUGCCAAGAUGAGUUGGUAAAAUUACCAUUUGAAAAAUUAAUACAUGCUCUGAAAAAUUUCCCGGAUGAUGCAAUGAAUCCGGAUACCUUGCUUCCAUUGGCUUAUUCUAUAAAGGUAUCAAAGCGCUUGGAAGAACUGAAACUGGACUAUGAGAAGACUAACGCCAAACCGGUUCAACCAUAGAAGGACUGGUGGUUGUAAUGAACUGAACCAGACGAUUGGAUUCGGAUUCUUUUCUCAUCCCUAUCUUUUAUAUUUUUGGCUGGAAUAUAUUCUUUUUUCAUCAUAUAUGCCAAGUUGGGGGGGGAAUUUCUUAUGAGAGACUCUGAUUCUUUAUAGCAAUUUCCGGGUAAAGAAGGUAUGCUCCAGCUGAUGUAUAGAUAGAGACUUGUAUUCCUAGAAGAAGAAAAAAUCUCAUCAAAGUGAAAAGUAAAUCAUGGUUGUUUUACUUUUAAAAUAAAUUAGUACUGUAUUUUUAAGGUUCAUGGUA